UUUGUGUGGCAACAGCGUGGAAUACCUGCUGCAUCAUUUAUAGUUAAAUGCGACAAGACAAUUACAACAAUCAUCUUUCGUACAGAUAACGAAAAAACGCCGACUAAUAAUUCGGCAACAACCAUUUCUCCGAUAGAUUUUGUCGAGAAAUGGGGCCUAACGCCAGUUUUGAGGCCCAGACAAGAGCAACCACGGAGCGUCGGUGAGAGUGAGUCAGGUGGCCAGCCCCCUCUUCAAAACGAUAGGUCUCUACCCAAGUUAAGCAGUCAAGAUGAAGAAGGGGGGGCAGGCGGACAUGGCGGCUUUGGCGGAGGCGUAACGCACUUUGAGCCAAUCCCUCAUGAUCAUGACUUUUGUGAACGAGUUGUUAUUAAUGUUAGCGGUUUAAGGUUUGAAACCCAACUUCGAACGCUUAAUCAAUUUCCAGAUACAUUACUAGGUGAUCCCGAUCGAAGACUUAGGUACUUCGAUCCAUUACGUAAUGAAUAUUUUUUUGAUCGGAAUCGACCGAGUUUUGAUGCUAUUUUAUAUUAUUAUCAAAGCGGCGGUCGACUACGGAGGCCCGUUAAUGUACCUUUAGAUGUAUUUAGUGAAGAAAUUAAAUUUUAUGAAUUAGGCGAAGCAGCGACUAAUAAAUUUAGAGAGGAUGAAGGCUUUAUUAAAGAAGAGGAAAAACCACUACCGGACAAUGAGAAUCAACGUAAGGUGUGGCUGCUGUUCGAGUAUCCCGAGAGUUCACAAGCGGCCAGAAUCGUAGCCAUAAUUAGCGUAUUUGUUAUACUUUUAUCUAUUGUUAUAUUUUGUUUAGAAACAUUACCCGAAUUUAAACAUUAUAAGGUAUUUAAUACCACAACAAAUGGCACAAAGAUCGAGGAAGACGAAGUGCCCGACAUCACAGAUCCGUUCUUCCUAAUAGAAACUAUAUGUAUUGUAUGGUUCACGUUCGAACUUAGCGUCAGGUUCCUUGCUUGUCCGAAUAAAUUAAAUUUCUGCAGGGACGUCAUGAACAUAAUUGACAUAAUCGCCAUCAUUCCUUAUUUCAUAACUUUAGCAACUGUUGUAGCCGAGGAAGAGGAUACGUUAAACCUUCCAAAAGCGCCAGUUAGUCCACAGGACAAGUCAACGAAUCAGGCUAUGUCCUUAGCAAUUUUGCGGGUGAUACGUUUAGUUCGAGUGUUCCGAAUAUUUAAAUUAUCUAGGCAUUCAAAAGGCUUACAAAUCUUAGGAAGAACAUUAAAAGCAUCUAUGCGGGAAUUAGGUUUACUUAUAUUUUUCCUCUUCAUUGGCGUUGUACUCUUCUCAUCGGCUGUUUAUUUUGCGGAAGCAGGAAGUGAGAAUUCGUUCUUCAAGUCCAUACCAGAUGCAUUUUGGUGGGCCGUGGUCACUAUGACCACAGUUGGAUAUGGUGACAUGACACCGGUUGGUGUGUGGGGCAAAAUUGUCGGUUCAUUAUGUGCCAUUGCUGGUGUAUUGACAAUCGCACUUCCCGUACCAGUUAUUGUCAGUAACUUCAACUACUUCUACCAUAGAGAAACAGAUCAAGAGGAGAUGCAAAGUCAAAACUUUAAUCAUGUAACUAGUUGUCCAUACUUGCCAGGAACAUUAGGCCAACAUUUAAAGAAAGCAUCAUUGUCUGAAUCCUCAUCGGAUAUGAUGGAUUUGGAAGAUGGUGUCGAAUCUACACCUGGUUUAUUAGGUGAACGCAUGAUUGUUCCGUUUUCGGGAACACUAUUGACUAAUGAUAAGCAGAUGCAGCAGAAUUGUUGUAAGCAGCCAAAUAAUAAUCAAGGCGGUGUCAUCGGCGGCGGCGGCGGUGGCAACAAUAAUAAUCAACGUCACAAUAGCGCAUUAGCUGUUAGUAUCGAAACCGAUGUCUGACUACUGGUAAAAUGUACUUCAUCUACUAUCUGCGCUACUAUCUACUAUGGUCUAUCAUCGUCAAAAAUAAUAAUAAUUAUAAAAUGUAAUAAUAAUAAUCAUUCAACUAUUGCUGAAGCAUCCACAAAUUUAUCUUCUCCUUCUCCUUAUUGGUCACUAGUAUCAUCAAGAACAUCAUCAACUUCGGUAUCAUCUCUACUAAGAUCGCCUUUUUACCCUCAAAGACACCAUUACAUUAAUAAUUAUCAGCAUCGCCGGUUCGAGCAACAACAACAACAACAACAACAAGGAGAUCUGCAAAGACGAGCAGCAAGUCGUCGUCCGACUGUGUUAAUAUUAAUGUUAUCGCCAUCAUCAUCUCCAUUAUUGUUAUCAUCAUUACACGAACACGAACAACAACAACUACAAGUUUUAAUUGUGGCUGCUGUUGUUUUCUUGUAUAAUUAUUAUUAUCGUGUCAGAACUGCAACAAUUGUUAU